AUGGUACUACAACAAGCACAGGCUGAACUAAAGAAGUAUUUGCAUUUUGAAGAGGAAUUCUGGAGACAGAAGGCUAAUGUUACUUGGUUUGCUGAAGGGGAAAGAAAUACUAGAUUUUUCCAUAAUCUGUUUUCUCAGGAGCAAGAAACUACAGAUUUCAUCUUACUUAACCAUGUUCCAUCCUUAGUGUAUGAGGAAGAUAAUGAAUUAUUAGUUGUUGUUCCUAAUGUUGAUGAAGUCAAACAAGCUUGUUGGCAUAUUGUUGGUCCAGAUGUGCUUAAUGUGGUUAAAGCCUUUUAUGAAGGUCACACUCUUCCUAAAUCCAUCACUCAUACAAAUUUGGUUCUUUUAUCAAAAAAGCAAGAUGUUCAGACUUAUGCAGACAUGAGGCCAAUCCGCUUGAGUAACUUUAUCAAUAAAGUUAUAUCUAGAGUGGUUCAUGGUAGAUUGGAGGGCAUCUUGCCAAGGCUUGUUUCACCAAAUCAAUCUGGUUUUGUGAAGGGGAGAAGUACUAUUGAGAAUUUUCUUCUAACUCAAGAAAUAGUCACAGAUAUAAGGAAGAGAGGAAAACCAGCAAAUGUAAUGAUCAAGUUAGAAUUGGCAAAGGCAUAA